CCCGCACGCCGGCGGGCGCCGAGGGGAGAAGCGGCGCGGGCGGAGGGAAGGUUUUGGGGGAGGAGGAAACAAUCUCGGUGGGAGGCGACGGCAACCAGCGCAUUGUGCCAUGCCCUGGCGCGGGCGGCGCUGCUUUCCCCGGAGCCUGGCCGGGAUCCUGCAGUCCCGGGCGUGAGCGGAGCCCCGGGGGCCCCCGCGCCUCCAGGCAGGCGGGGUCCCCCCAGCCCUGGGGCCUAGCGGGGGGCGCCGCCAUGCGGGGUGCCCGGGAUGGGGGGCCGGCGCUGUGCCAGGGGGGCCGGGACCCCGAGCGCCAGAAGCACUGGGCCGAGCUCUUCGACCAGCUGGACACCAACAAGGACGGGCGGGUGGACAUCAACGAGCUGCGGGAGGGCCUGGCGCGGAUGGGCAUGCAUGCCAGCUCCCAAGCUGAACAGGAGAUCCUGCGCGAGGGCGACACGGACCAGGACGGCGAGCUGGACUUUGAGGAGUUUGUGUGUUACCUGCAGGAGCGAGAGCGCAAGCUGCGGCUCAUGUUCCACAGCCUGGACCGCAACAACGAUGGCCAGAUCGACAUGUCCGAGAUCCAGCAGACAUUCCACAGCCUUGGAGUCUACAUCUCUCUGCAGCAGGCAGAGAAAAUCCUUCAAAGCAUGGACAAAGACGGCACCAUGACCAUCGACUGGCACGAGUGGAGAGACCACUUCAUCCUCAACCCACUGGAGAACAUGGAGGAGGUCGUCCACUAUUGGAAGCACUCCAUGGUCCUGGACAUUGGCGAGUGCCUUACGGUCCCUGACGAAUUCUCUGAGAAAGAGAAGAAGACGGGGAUGUGGUGGAAGCAGCUGCUCGCGGGCGCCAUGGCCGGGGCCGUCUCCAGAACCGGAACCGCCCCGCUGGACCGGCUUAAAGUUUUCAUGCAGGUUCACGCCUCCAAGACCAACAACAUGAACGUUGGGGGGCUGAAAGGCAUGAUCCAGGAAGGGGGCGUCCGCUCACUCUGGCGCGGCAACGGGAUCAAUGUGCUGAAGAUCGCUCCUGAGUCUGCCAUCAAGUUCAUGGCCUAUGAGCAGAUCAAGCGGGCGAUUCGUGGGCAGCAGGAGACGCUGCGGGUGCAAGAAAGAUUUGUGGCUGGCUCGCUGGCCGGUGCCACUGCUCAGACAAUCAUAUACCCCAUGGAGGUGCUGAAGACCGGUGACCCUGCGGAAGAGGGUCAAUACUCGGGGAUGGCCGACUGCGCUAAGAAGAUCUGCAGAAGGAGGGAAUCCGGCCUUUACAAGGGCUACCUGCCCAAUGUGCUGGGCAUCAUCCCCUACGCUGGCAUCGACCUGGCUAUCUACGAGACGCUGAAGAACAUGUGGCUUCAGAAGUACAGCAAGAACACAGCGGACCCCGGCAUCCUGGUGUCUGGCCUGCGGACGAUGUCCAGCACUUGCGGGCAGAUAGCCAGCUACCCCCUGGCCUUGGUGAGGACCCGGAUGCAAGCCCAAGCCUCCAUCGAGGGUGCCCCGCAGCCCACCAUGCUGGGCCUCUUCAAGCACAUCCUGUCGCGGGAGGGGGUGCUGGGCCUGUACCGGGGCAUCGCCCCCAACUUCAUGAAAGUGAUCCCCGCUGUCAGCAUCAGCUACGUGGUCUACGAGAACAUGAAGCAGGUGCUGGGCGUGACGUCCAGAUGAACCCGUCGGCCUGGCGGGGCACGGAUGCCCCUGCUCCAUGGCUUGCCCCCUGCCCCCUCGCUGCACUUUGGAGGCUGACAGAGCAGGAUCUGGACCGGGGGUGGCUCCGGAUCCAGGAGCGUUAAGAGGGAUGCUGAGAGGUCUCAGCUACACCCCCCCACACACACACACCCCUCCUUCAAUGCAGCGGGGCUGAGCCGUUCCAGAGGACCAAACCCUGGAGCAGCCCAGGGGCGUUGCCUCUGAGCGUGCCCGGAAAGGGGAACCCUCGCCCCACCUCUGCCACUCAGAGCAUGGCUGCUGGGGGCACCCUUUGCCAGGGGGUGUGGGCUAGGAGUAGACCCGGGGCACUGGGGGCGGUGGGGAGGGGAUUAAUACAAGCCUCAGGGUUUGGCUAAUUUUAGUUUGAGAUUUGACAAGCUCCCCCGCCACUCCAGCCCCCAGCUCUGCUUAAGGGAGCGUCGCUCCUGGACGCACACGACACAUGCACAACCCCGUUCCCUGCAUGCUACGGCCUGGGGCAUGGCAUGUUUCCUGCACUGGGGGCUUUGCUGCCCCUCUCCUGCCCCCGAAGCACUCGCUGACAUAGCACGGUCAGGGGAUCCCAGUGGAGACUCCUCCAAUCAGCACUGACACUGGAUUCCAGAGGAGACUCCUCCAAUCAGCAUCCCCUGACUCAGUACUGACACUGGAUCCUGCGGGAGAAUCCUUCCAAUCAGCACCGACACUGGAUCCCAGUGGAGAGUCCUCCACUAGCCACUCCCCCACAAUGAUACAGGACUCUAGGGGGAAUCCUUCUAGAAGGACUCACUGACAUAGUGAUCCCACUGGAUCCCACCGGGGAUCCCCUCCUGUAGAGAGGGUCACCCCCUACGUAGCAUUACCAGAGCCCAGCUGGACCCCCCCCUGCAACUCCCCCCAGCCCAGGCGCUGCACCGGAUCCCCCAAGGGGCUGCAGCCUAAAACACAUGUGCAUGGACCUUGCAAAAGGGGGAGGCCACAUGUGACUUGCCUGCGGGGCUACCUUGAAAUCAGGGCUAGCGCCAGCUCUUCCUCCAUUGCCACCCAUUCUCUCUGCCCUCGCCUAGGCAGGGGAGACCUAGCACUGGUAGCCUCUUCCCUUACCUGGGGGAAGCCCGGCAGCCUCAGCGGUCUCCUCUCCACACACCGAGCAGAUCUCCCUCUGCACACCAGGGGAGACCCACUGGCCUCUGGGCACCUGGGGCCAGGGGGCAGUGGUUGGGGCAGGGCGCGGCCCCUGGCACAAUGGACAGGCUAAAAGCCGAGUGGUGGGGGCACGGGCCCACUGCGAGGCAGGGGGCAGAGUGAGCCACACAACGCCCGCUGGCCCGAGUGGGGUGGGAUGCAGUGAGGGCUUGUGGCCCCAGGGUAGCCAAGCCCAGCCCAUGGGUUACCCCAGGGCAAUGUUGCCAGGGCAGAUGGGGGUGAAAUUCCACCCAGGCAAGGGGCAGUGCUGGGCAUGUGCAGACCAGCCGCUGUGACAUAACCCCAUCCAGCAGGGGGCAGCGUUCUUCAACCCCAGUGGGUCCCCUGCCACUCGCAGCGCGUAGGCGGGACGGGACGUCCAGCAGGGGGCAGCGUUUUACACACUCACAGUGCUCCCCUCCCCCCCCCCCAGCCCCAACCUUGGGCAGAGGUGCCAUUCUAGCCUGCAGGGGACAGCUUCACCCCCCUGCAUGCGCGCUGCCCCCACCUAUACAUACUUGAGCACGUGUGAAAUUCCAUCCACUCGGGGGCAGCACCCCCACCCCUCUCUUCAGCUCUCCUAGGGGGAGCCCUGGGGCACACGCCACGGAAAGCGUCGGCCUCUUUUGCACAGGGAGGGUUUUAACUCUGGCCCGUGACGGACUCUGCCUGGUUUUCUGUGGCCCAUGUGGAGGCCCCACCCCUCAGGUACCGAGGCAGGGGAUUACGCCCCCUUCUCCCCCACGCCGGGGAGGGUGGAUCCCCCGGACAGAAUAUUCUUGUAUUAUGAUUUUGCAUCAGGGUUUUCGUUAGCGCGCCUGCCUGCGGGCUCCCCGGCCGUUUCUUUGCAAUGGCUCCGCUGGGAUCCGCUUGGAUCCCUCUCACCGUGUUCCAAGCUGCAAUCUCUUCCCCGUCACUACAGCAGGAGCAGUCACCAUCGGGACCCUCUAGCAGAUCCCUCCCCCCCCAGACCUUGGACGCAGACAUUUUUCUGCAUCAAUCCUGAGCCGGCCUCUCCCUCUCCCGUCCUGCUGACGCCGGCUCCGAGCCAAGGCCACGGGGGAGCGGGGAAAGAAUUACAGAACCCUUUAGUCCUGCGAGGGUGUCCUAGACUCCUUGGUGGAAGGGGGCCUCUAGAGAAGACCAUGAGAAUGGCCAUACUGGGUCAGCCCUAUGGCCCAUCUCCCGGUGUCCUGUCUUCGGACAGCGGCCAAUGCCAGGUGCUUCAGAGGGAAUGAACAGAACCGAGUGAUUAGCGAGUGAUCCAGCUCCUGGCCUCAGUGCUUAAUUUGCAAUGAAAGAGGUGCCAGCGCUCAAGCAAAAAUUUUGUUUUUACUUUCAUAACUGAUGCAGCAAGCCCAGGGGUGCCGGGGCUCUGAACGGCCGUGCCCGGGGGUGCCGGGGCUCUGAACGGCCGAGCCCUGGCACAAAUUGAGCACUGCCGGUUGUCCAGUCUCUGCUUCUGGCAGCCAGAAGCCCAGGGACUGAGGGAUUGAUUUGUGUUUUGGGGGGGGCAUCAGUGGGGUGAGCUCCCCCAAUAAAACCAGAGCAGAAGUCUGGGUGGAACCUCCCCCCGCCCCGCCCCGUGAGCUGGGUCAUUGGCUGGGACCGAACCUAGGACCGAUGCAGGCGCCUCUGCUAACUAAGCCAAAGGACCAGACUGUUUUGCUCACUCGCAGUAGCUGACUCCUGAGCAGCCAUACAAAAUCUGACCACUAGAGGGCAACAGAGAGACUUCGCCUGGGGGCACCCCCAAGCAAUAUCUGCAGAGCCCGGGGGGGGGGGGGUGCAGCGACUGGGGGGCUGGGAGUCAGGAAGGAGUCCUCCUCCCUCCUCUGAGAGCGUGGGGCUGUGUACGGGCAGGCUGUGGGGAGGGGCCUGCUCCCUGAAUGUAAGAGCAGGUGCUGAGCAGCUGAGGACUGGGGAAGUUGUGACAUGGUGGGGAAGGAGCCCAUGGGGUGGGGGACACUGCAAACUCCUGGCACUGUUUGAAGCUUAUUAUUAUUGUUUUAAUCUUAUUUAAUUCCCCCCUUCCCCACUCGAGGUUUGUGUGAUGAGAGGCACAAAGGGUUAGAGAUAGUAGGGGGCAGUGGCAGGUUCUUGGAGGGGGUCAGAAACAGCCCUUCCCAGUAUGGGGCAGAAGACUAACAGCCCUCCUCUGGUGUGGGGCAAACAGGCUUCCCAAGGGGCAAUUGGUCCCUCUGCAGUAGGAGGUGCUGUGAGCACCUGGGGUGGGGCAGAGUUCGCAUUUCGCCAUCCUAGCGUUUCCCCUUGGAGCUGAGGACACCUGACCCCAAGCCGGAGCCAGCAGCUUUGCUCCGUGGUGCCUUGCAUGGUGGCCAGUAACCGGUGGGAAGAGCGCGACGUUCGCCCUAUCUCCGCGGGGCCUGGCACUGCCCCGCGCCCACCUGCCAAUGUGCUGGCUGCAGGGCUGGCUGGUAGGCCCGACUCUGCGCCCAGGGGGGCUGCCACUUCAAAGGGAAAAAAGAGCUAAUAAAGUUUUCUAAACUUU